UGCUUUCUUGACAUUUCUUCUGCAUGUUCUUUCCUAGAAGGACUAUUAUCCUCUCAACCAAAACAAAGUUCAAUUAAAUUUGGUUGAUUUUAGUUAUCACAUUUAGUAGUAAACUUGUUUUAUAAAUAAGAAAUCUUUCUUCAACCUGUGAUCUCAUAUCUCGUCAAAAUAGUUAAAGUUUAUUCUGAUCUACCUCGAGAGAAAAAAGGAAGAAUAAGAAGAAGAAAAAUGGGAGGAGCAAGUGGUUCAAAGAACUCUGGUCCCAAGCACAUGCUUCCAGAAAUUGAUUGGUUAAACUCCUACCAUCGAACCAUAGUGACAUCAAGUUUGAUACAGGGAGUCUACUUAUUGCAACGGGAAAAGCAAAAGAAAGUGAACUCACAAUCCUACCUCUGGUGGGAAUCCUUCGGUUUCUCUUUAGUCAAACAAUUGAUCAACGAAGAUGAUGACUCCAUAUACGGAGCCGUUUUCGAGUAUAACACGAAUAAUCCUCAUUCUGGAAUGCCCCCGCGUUCCGUGGUUGCCUUUCGCGGCACGCUUCUUAAAUCAAAAACUUGGCUUUCUGAUGUUGAAGGAGGCAUUCAAUGCUUUUUCAACAACCUUAAUAAAGGCAGUAGGUUUCAACAAGCCAUACAAGCAGUCCAAACUGUACUGGAGAAAAAUACUACCGAGACAACAUCUGUCUGGCUAGCUGGACACUCUCUGGGAGCAGGUAUAGCGCUGAUGGUCGGGAAGACCUUGGCGAAAAAUGGAGUCCCCCUCAAGACCUUCGCAUUCAACCCGCCCAUCUUGUCUAUUCCUCUAGAGAAACUACCUGUUAUUGAUAUGGUUAAAGGCAUGUUUCGAUUCACUGAGAGUGUCAUCAAAGGGACCUUUGCCUUGCUCGCUCAAAAACAGACUCAGGAUGACGAUCCAAGAGUCGCAGCGUGGACACCUUACUUAUAUGUGAACCCAUCGGAUGGAUUCUGUUCAGAAUGCAUUAAUAUUUUGAAAUACAAAAUAUUCAUGGCAUUGAUCGGAUUAGGCAAAUUUGAGAGUAUCGGUGCUGCAAUCUCAUUUAGGUGUCUAACUUUUGGAAUAGAAAGCGGAGAACCUAUUCAACUUCUUUCGUCAGCUGUUAUGUUAGUAAACAAGAAAAAAUCUGACGAUGAGACAACUAAUGUGCUUAUGAAGCCGUGGUAUAAGUUCAAGAAGGCUCAUGGACUUGAGCAAUGGUGGGAGCCAAACCCAGCUUGGGAUUGCCACAGCUUUAGAUCCUCCGAACCUCGUAUGGACUGAAGUCAACAUCCUCCCGACCCCUUUCGGUAAUAUUGGUUUGGUUAAAUGUCUUUUCCACUUGUUCAGAUCAUCUUUUACGGCCUUCGGAACCUUUCUUCUUUUGUCAUCAAUUGAAACAUAAAACAGUUUGGAAAACUUCUAUCUACUUUAAUUAUGUUUCUUCUACCUUUGUAAUGUUGUUGUUCUCUAUAUGUGUGUGUGAAUGUACGUUAUAUAUACGAAAUGAAUAAAGAUAGAAUGUUUCAUCUA